GCAAAUAUCACUUCUGGCGUUUAUUCUGUGUUAGCAAUAACCGCUGCUUUGAAUAUCUUCACUUGUCCUCUCGCAAUUUUACUGAAUGGUCUGGUAAUAGGUGCCGUUAAAACAAAGCGAUAUCUUCGCACAAAAUCGAAUAUCUCGCUGGCUUGCUUGGCCACAACAGAUUUUGCUGUGGGACUGAUUGUUCAACCGUUUGUCGUAACCAAUUUCAGCUUGUUUUUCACAGGUAGCAGCCUUCAAACCAUGAUCUCUACUUCUGUUUGGGUAUUCAGCGUUGUUGGCCAAACAUGCAUUGCAGCUUCGACUCUCCACUUGUUGUUAAUGAGCGGGGAACGUUAUUUAGCAAUCAAACACCCCUUCGCCUACGAAAAUGGCCUUGUAACUGAAGCUCGUAUUAUCACUGCAUCUGGUUUGGCGUGGAUGUGCGCAGUGAUUGUCUAUGGCAUCAGAGUCAGCAUCCUUCCGGAAAUAAGUUUUGUUUUUAUCUCAGCCGUUAUCUCCGCUGUAGUUUAUUGUCAUGUUGUCAUAUACAAAGAAGUUCGUCGCAACACACAGCAAAUCAUCGUUAACCAAGUUUCUUUAGCAGUGAAGGAAAAGUUACUCAAGAAUAAGAGAGCCUUUAACACAACUGUCGUGAUAGUUUUGACACUUUUCCUUUGUUAUAUUCCGACUUGCGUCUGGCUGAUUCUUUUCAUUUCCUUGGAUGGAGAAAACUCCUCUGACGUAGGAAAAAUCGCUUUCUUCCCUAUUACAUUUCUGCUUUUCCUAAAUUCGUCGAUAAACCCACUCAUAUACACGGCAAGAAUCAGACACUUUCGCGUAGCUAUCUUUCAGAUGUUAACAAGAAAAACUCUUGCUCAAGCUGAGGAACUGGAAAAGAAGAUGUUUGGAGCAAAUCGUGUGGGAGUUGCAUGAACUGAUACCCAGCUGGAAAAACGAGAGGAGUGAGACCUCCCUGCCGUGCCUACUUACGUCCCUGCUAUCCAAUUGAGACCUGACAAAUGUGGUUUUACUGGUAUGAAAACUUAGGACUUUGGAAAGGUUAACUUAUUAUUGUCAGAAUUUUUAAGUCAUAUGCGAAUAUACUUUUUUGCUCGCCAAAUUUAUAAGUUGUUAGAAUUUCUGAAUAAAGUGUUUCUCAGCUUUUUCCGGAAUUAAAAUCAUUGCUCUCUCAGUGCUCUUAUUUCAGAGAACAAAGGCCAACAUCAAGACAAUUUCCUUCUUAAUCACAUACGUAGAUCAUCUUGGAUUGUCGGCUAGCUUCCGAAUAUGCAUGUAAACAUACAAUUCAACGUUUUCGUCAAAGAAAAUAAAUCAACAGUUAUCAAAAGUAAUGUAAAGUCUGGUAAAUAAAAGAUGAAAGUUAUGCUAUACACAAAAGAUGAUGUUAUUACUAAUUAUAAUAAAGUUCGGAUAUAACGCGUGCUGUCAUUGGUUGAAAGAGCGUGCUCUAUGAGAGUAUAGAGCAUAGAACUGAGCUAAAGCUGUCACGCCAUCUGUCAAAUUGUGCUAUGUUCGACCUUUUCCGGGACUUCUUUUUAGCUUUUUUCCGAUAACUGAAAGUGAAAUUUCAGAACAAGCGAGCCGGCAAGUAUCAACAGAAGAACCAAACAAAGGUUUGUAAACAUACCAGGCGCCGUAAUUUACGUUAUUAAAACGUGAGCAGGUACAAAAAUCCUCAAAAGAAAAACAAAAUAGACAUUCCGAGUUUUAAAGAUUUUCACGCUCAGUUAGAUUGCAAGCUUACGUACGGUAAUAAAAAUCAAACAUAGCUAACACUCGUAUAGUAUGUAAAGUUCAGUGUUCAAAAACAAAACAGAACAAAACAGAAAUGAUGAAAAAUAUAACCAAACUGGCAUAACUGUUAAAAUUCAUACUAAUCAUGACGGUGUCUGAGCGAAUAUGAUCAUGCUGAAGUCCAUCGCGGCUCGCUCAUUAUGGCGAUCUCCGGUCAUCACCGUAAAGAAAGCCUCAGAAACUACAUCGGCCGCCCUUCGAGUGAAAAAAUAAAGUUUUCUCUGAUAUCCUUUCCGACGCGUUGAGUAGAAAGUUACAUCAGUCACUGCAGCCGAGUUUUGCGGCGCUGUCAUCCCGAGUGAUCUUCAUGUUCCGGUGAAUUCGGUUGUCGGUCAUUCAAAAAACACUCGCCUUGAACAGUUUGUUUUCUACCUUGUCAUGUCAAAAAACUCGCGUGUUUUUAUGAGCCAUAAUUUGGCUGAAGUUCACUGAAAAUUUCACUUCAAGAUUCUGUAUUGGAGACUCAAAAACUUCAGGCAAAAGUUUUAAAUUUGACCUGCCGAACUAUUUUAGUUUGUAAACUAUCGCAGAUUGUGAACUUUGAUGGUUUGACACUUUUGACAGCUUUUGUCUUGUGCAGCCAAUCAGAUUAUUUGAACCAUUCUAGCAGGGACUGUGAUUGGCUUAUUGCAGCGUGCUUUAUGAGAGUAUAGAGCAUGCUGACUCCCCACUCAAGAAGUGGGGAGAAACACGAGACGUAGUCGAGUGUUUCUCCCUACACUUCCUUCGUGCUCUAGCCGCUUCCUGCGUGCUUUUUAACAGAAUAGAGCACAGUCAAGGCUUCUCUAUUUGUUAAAUGAAAAAUGCUAUUGGCUUCGUUGUAGUCAUGCAACAAAAUUCCGGUUAAGUAAGAGGCAAGGGGAGAAUUCUUUAGCUCACAGUGUGGCCAUAAAGAAUCAACGUGUCACAAACAUCAUCACCUUUUCUUGCGGUUACGAGUUCAUCCUUACAAAUCGCACAAAUAUCUCUUCUGGCGGAGACCUUGAAAUCUCUCUUACUUUAACACUUAAAUACCGAAAAAAUAUGGCACCCUCUUCAAAGUUAUUCGAAGAAAGUAUUGAUUCCUUUACGACUCAUUUAAAAGAUGUUUAGAACCCAACAUCCCACGCUAAUACUUCUCAGAUUACCGACUUUAUGUAUUAAGUGAUACGAUACAAACUCUUUGAAAAAGCAGUUAAAUUGCAGUGAUGUAAAAAAAAAGCGCACCAAAUGAUGUGCAAGAAUGAAAUUAACUCUAAAUCGUUAAAAUCGACAUGAAAAACAUUUCAGUGUUUACAAACGUCUUUCCGCUAAGUCCAGAAACAUUUUCUCCUGCGUUUGUUCUGCGUUCCCUAUUAUCAACAUUUUCAAUGUCUUUACCUGUCCUCUCGCUAUUUUGCAAAAUAUUCUGGAGCAUGAUAAUUGUCGUAAAAACAAAGCGACAACUGCGCUCCAAAUCAAUCGCCUCGCUCGCUUGUUUGGCUACAGCACUUUUUGCUGUGGGACUGAUUUUUUCAACUUACAGGUACCAGAAUGAAAAGUAGAUAACACCAAAGCAAGCUAACAUGACGAGCUUCAAACCACGUGUGCACGAAGAAAGUGAAGUAGAAAUUUUUUGACGUAAAAGUGUAUUUUAAGAGCAUGCCUACAAUUUAGAAAGGAAGUUGAAAAAUGGUUGUUUGACUAAGACCCUGACUAAAGACUCUUCGCUCAUUAUUGUCCUUUAUUAAUGAUCUUCUCUGUUACUCUCAAAUAUUGUUUAGGCGUACGUGCAAGUUAAAACUCUUGAGGUUGUGUGAAUAACCAUGGAAUUUAAAAAGAAAUGGCACAACACCUCGGUGCCUCAAAGUUUCUCUGCAUUUCCAAGGAAUCGUUUUGGAGGUUUCCAGUUUUCCAAGCGCUUCCGUCCGUGAGCUCGAAAAGUGACACUUCAUCAAGGAGUUCCAGAAUCUGUAUUACUCCAAAAUCUUGGCUAAGCCGUCGUUUCUACGCCAAGACCUACUGUGGAAGGUGCUCCAUCCUGAUAAAAAAGUACAAUUAUGUAUCUUAGUUCUUCAGGAGACAAACAAAGUCCCUGAGUGCUUGGAAUCAAACCAAUUACCACAGCAUUGCCAAUCCCUUCCUCUCCAUCGGACACAGCAUAUUUCCUAUCCACCUCUUUGGCAACAUUGCACGCUGCCUCGGUGUCUUGAGUGGGUGCUUCAUGUCGAAGAAAAUGCGGCAAAAAAAUACGCCUUCAUCUUUUUGAACCAUAGUUUCUUUGGCAUUUGCCUUUGCUACUAUUGGCUAAACAAGACUGUCCUGAAGCAAAACAAUCAAGUCAAAAUGAGCCAUCAAGUCUACCGCUGCUACACUAUACUUGUAUGAGCUGUGCUUUAUAUAAGUUCAAAAUUAUCUGCAGGACUCAACCGGCAUGAAAAGUAGGUCAAUGGAAAAAUAGAUCUCGUGAUAGUAAUAAUAAUAUAGCACCAUUUGCGAGACGAUGCAAAUAGCAGCUAUUGUUAGAAAAAUGCCCCCUAAUUUUGCACUUAUCCUGAACCGGUGGCACAAAAUAUCCAAUUCUACUUGUACGUCUGUCAGAUCCAUUCCUGCUUCAAACAGCCCCAAACAAAUUAUUUACACCUAAAGAAGCAGGUUUUGCUGAAAAAUAUCAAUGCAUGGGUGGAAAAAGUCAUGUCCAAGAUCAGCUAGGAUACCCCAUUAGUGCCAGGAAACACCGGCAGAUCACAAUGAAGUGCCCUAGGCGAGGGCUAGUAGAUGUGAGGCCGCGUAAGUAAAUAAUUUGUAAUAACAAUAAUGCAAUAAUUCGUAGUUGAACAGUAAUUCUCAGUAUUUUGCAGUUUUCAAGCAACUCGCAAAGCAACAAUACCUGCAGAGCUAAGGCUUUGUCAACCGGAGGAAAUUGUUAUAAUUCAAGUUCGUGGAGAAAGGGUUUUGAGUGAAAAUAAGCUGGAAAGAAAGAGACAGAGCGGCCAAAGACAGCAAGAAGUAAAAGGCGUCAAGCGAGUCGAGAAAAAUGCGCAAGAAAGUUAGAAAAGACGCUAAAAUAGGCAGAAUACGGCGAGGGGAACGCGAGAGAGAACAAGAAAAUGCAUAAGUAAAAAGGCAAAUAUCUAGCGAAGGGUAACGUGAGAAGGAAAUACAAAGAGAUCCAGAAAACAGACUGAAAAGAGGUCAUCAACAAAGAGAAGCGAACCACAAAGAAUCCGAGAAAGAUGAGGAAGUAAGUCGUGUCUUAUCUGGGUUUUUUUCUUACGUUAAGGCCCAGAAAAAUUCAAACCCUUUUUCCCAAUCUUCGUUUGAUACUAGAUUCAGUUUAUAAUUCAAAUCGUGUUUCGGUAAAACAGUAACUUUUGCAUUCAUCGCUUUAAAACCCUCGCGCCAGUUCAUCGCUCGAAUAACAUUUCAAAGUGUUCGUAUUCUUAAAAUCAUUUCGUGUCCUACCUUUUGGAAUGUUUAAUACAGUUGUGGUGUUCAGGGAAAAUAAGUUAUCUUACGGUUAUCUCUUGCCCAUUCUCUCUUCAGUUAGCUAUCGCAUGGUCUACAUUAUUCAUUUUAAAAAAUCGCGCUUUGUCGAAGAUUUGUUGUUUUACACUGAGAAUGAAGUAAUAGCCCUUCCCAAGAUUGAAAUAUAAUGAGACUGAGUUAGCGAUGUUUAAUGUUUACACUAGGUCUGACGUGGUAAUUUGAUUUUGAAAAUAUUGUCAUGCGAGAACCCGUCAAACAUCUGAGAAUUAAAUUACCUUGCGCAAAUCUGUAGUGCAAACAAACUCAUGGGUAAAAUGGGUUAAUCCUACUGCGGGGGGAGUGAAUUUCAUUGUUUGGUCAUGGUACUUUUCGGCGCUAAGUUUUCAUGCUUUAUACUCGAUUCGUUCGAACUUUAAGAAAUGGUUUGUCUGACAAAACAUGGAGCCACUUUGUCGUCGCUCGACAUCUCGAGACGUACUUAAUGCUCGGGUUAUGAGGAACAUGUUUUCGAUGCGAUAAUUUUUUUUCCUGAUGCUGGAAACUGAAGAAUCAAUCUUUGAAAUUGAUAGUCAUCACAUUUUGCAAGAAGUGUCCGAGCUGUGAUCGUGUAAUUAAACGGGCUGACAAUUUGAGCUCAGAAGCAUGCUGGUAAUUAAAGGCACUGAACUUCAAUUUUUAUGUACACAAGGCACCCUCCAAGGUGGAAGAGUAGAAGACCAUCGAAUGAUGUUUACUAGGCAUUUGCACUUACCGCAAUCACAUAUUCAAGCAAAACUCUCUAUAUAUGUAGAGCAACCAACUGUCCCCAUUUUCUACUGAGAUCAUCGAUACCUUGGAUUGUCGGUUAAAUUCUGCAUAUCUCCUAAAACAUACAAUUCAACUUCUUAUUAUCCAACUGCACCAAGCAAAUUACAAAUAACGCGCGAAUAGAAUACAGAGAUCCGGCGAUAUUGUACAUUUAUUCGAACGGUUGGUUAUUUUGUACUGUAAAAAAAACCUGUUUGACCAGUCGGCUGCGCGCUCUACGCUUCUCUAUCCGCUUUGCUUUUCUCGCCUUAUGAGAAAUGAGCAGAAAGACUCAGUAGACAAAAAACCAGUUAGAUAAUAAAUAACCUUUUAUAACCUCUACUAACACUGACAGCAAUUUCGUUGGUAAUCGUUUCUCAAUCAAUUUACUCUUAUGGAUGACUUUCAUUGCAUUCGCUGUUUUGUUCGAUUGACAACAAUACACAUUGAAAAUAAGUUUAUUAUAAAGGCCUUCUGAGAGCAAAUCAGAAUGAAAUUACCACCAAGUUGUCAGUUUUCAGCCCUUAGAAGUCAUUUCCUUUGAAUGCAUAAUUUUAUUGGCAAGCUUUUUGUCCUGCAUUCUCUUUCAAAUCGUUUACAGAAAGCACAAAUUACUUUUGAAGUGUUGUGGAGAAUGCAGGCCAACAUCCGGAACACUUUUCCACUCAUCAACUAAGAUCUCUUGGGAUUGUUUCUUUUCCAGUUUUCCGCACAUACAUUCAAACAGACGCCAAAGAGAACUAACAUGGUAGAUACUAUAUCGCCUUUCUCACAAAUAAAUCUGCUAAAUUUUAUUUUGCGUUGGCAAUGAGCGCUGCUUUGAACAUCUCAACUUGUCCUCUUGGCAUUCUCCUCAUUAUUCUCAUUAUUUGCCGUGAAAACAAAGCGACGCCAACUCACUGGCUUGCUGGGCUACAACAGAUUUAACUGUAGGACUGAUUGUUCUACCUUUGACUAUGACCAAUUUCAGCUUGAUGCACAUAGGUGGCAGGAUUCAAACCGUAACCUGUACUCUUAUCAACGAAUUAUGGCGACCGAGCAAUUCUCGAUUGCAAGAAUACACGUUGAAAGAUGAAUUGAUCACGAAAGGGUUUCCGAGAGGAAAAAAAUUAAAAAUCAUCGAGUUUUCAGUUUCAUGUGUAGCUCUUAAAAGCCCCUUCCUAACUGCGUCAAAUUUCUUGGCAAGCUUUUCGCCUGCACUUUCUUUCAAGUAAUCUAAAUAAAGCAAAUUGCCCUCGGAUUGUUACGAAGAGCAAAAGCCAACUUUCAAGUACUUUUCCACACAACUUCUAAGUCUUCUGCCUAUGAAUUAAAACAGACAAUACACUUGUACUGAAGUGGUAAUCAAAUAAUAAUAGCAAGUUGUUUCGUUCUAGUCAUGCAAAAACACAGUCAAAUGAGAGACAAGGAAGGAUUUGCUCCACUCAACACGCGGCCAUAAGGAAUCAACAUGCCGAACACUACAUCACCCCUUCUUGGUUUCGAAUUUCUUUCGAACAGUCGCACAAAUAUCACUUCUGGCGUUUAUUCCGUUUUAGCAAUAACCGCUGCUUUGAAUAUCUUCACUUGUCCUCUCGCAGUUUUACUGAAUAGUCUGGUAAUAGGUGCCGUGAAAACAAAGCGACGUCUGCGUAUAAAAUCCAACAUCUCGCUGGCUUGCUUGGCCACGACAGAUUUUAUUGUAGGACUGCUUGUUCAACCGUUGGCCACAACCAAUUUCAGCUUGUUUUUCACAGAUAGCAGCUUUCAAACCGAGACCCGCACUAUUGUUUGCAUAUCCAGUGCUGUUGGCGAAACAUGCAUUGCAUCUUCGCUUCUCCACUUGUUGUUAAUGAGCGGAGAACGUUAUCUAGCUAUCAAACACCCCUUCGCGUACGAAAAUGGCCUUGUUACUGAAGCUCGUAUUAUCAUGGCAUCUGGUUUGGCGUGGAUGUGUGCGGUGAUUAUCUUUGGCAUCAAAACCAGCUUCCUUCGAGAAAUAGGUGUUGUUUUUAUCUCAGCCGUUAUCUCCACUGUAGUUUAUUGUCAUCUUGUCAUAUACAAAGAAGUUCGUCGCAACACACAGCAAAUCAUUGCUAACCAAGUUUCUUUAGCCGUAAAGGAAAAGUUACUCAAGAAUAAGAGAGCCUUUAACACAACUGUCGUGAUAGUUUUGACACUUUUCCUUUGUUACAUUCCUACUUGCGUUUUGCUGAUUGUUUUCAUUUCCUUAGAUGGAGAAAACUUCUCUGACGUAGGACAAAUCGCUUACUUCCCUAUUACAUUUCUGGCAGUGCUUAAUUCGUCGAUAAACCCACUCAUCUACACUGCAAGAAUCCGACAAUUUCGCGUAGCUAUCUUUCAGAUGUUAACAAGAAAAACGUUUGCUGAAGCUGAGGAAAUUGAAAACAAGAUGUUUGGAGCAAAUCGUGUGGGAGUUGCAUAA